CCCGUUAUAUAAAAAGGCGUUACGCGCCGACACGUUAUCUGACGUCGGAUCGGCCUUCAACGGCUCGUGAUCCUUCAGUUUAGUGUCAGGUAUGAAAGAAUGGAGAACGGGGAAGAGCAGGGAGAGUGGGAAUGUGCGAGAGAGAGGAAGACGGAGCGGAGCGAAAUGGGUCUGCUGUCGAACAAGGUGGAAAGGGCGGAGAUUAAACCCGGCGAUCACAUCUACACCUGGAGAGCGGUCUACACUUACGCCCACCACGGCAUUUAUGUAGGCGGAAACAAGGUGGUUCAUUUUACCCGCAAAAAAGACAAUUCAAGGGCUAUUGACUCAUUUGACUCCUCUUCCAUUUCUUCUAGCUCAAGCUCAGGAGUUCCUGCGGUAUGCCCAACUUUUCCAGAUUGUGGAUUCCAUCAACCCAAUAGUGGGGUCGUCCUCUCCUGCUUGGAUUGCUUUCUUGGCAACGGCUCCCUUUAUUCCUUUGAAUAUGGAGUUCCAACCUCGGUUUUCCUUGCAAAGGUCCGGGGUGGCACAUGCACCAUUGCAGAAUCUGAUUCCCCAGAUACCGUAAUCAACAGAGCAAUGCACUUGCUUCAAAAUGGUUUUGGCAAUUAUGAUGUCUUUGAGAACAACUGCGAAGACUUUGCUCUCUACUGCAAGACUGGCCUUCUAUCCCUCGAAGAGCUUGGUAGCGGGAGAAGUGGGCAAGCAUCAUCCUUAUUCGGUGUUCCUUUGUCCGCUUUAUUAUCAAUGCCAUUCAAGCUGUUGGCUGCAGGGCCUGUGGGGAUGGCCACUGUCACUGCAGGGAUGUAUUGCGCAAACAGAUACAUCACAGACAUAGGUGUUAGAAAGGAUGUCGUAAAGGUUUCGAUGGAAGACUUGGCUUCAAACAUCAGUGUGCGACAUUCCAGGGGCACAAUCACAGAAAACUCUUCUGAUGCUACCACAAAUGCAGCAUCUAUCGAAGAAGAAAAAAGAUAGGAUAGACUACAAUUACAAUCCUAGCACAGUCCAGAUUCUAUUGUUUGCUUAUCGAAGUCAUUUGUAAGGAAAUGUCCCGCCAAAUAAAUCUAAGUCGAUAUCUAAGUGAUGUUUCUGAAUUUAAACUAUGAGUUUAUAGA